AUGGAAUGUGCGGUUUUGUCCGAUCCACGCAAUGCGGCUCUGAUUUUGCGCUUACAUUUCCACGAUUGCUUUGUUCAGGGUUGUGACGGGUCGGUGUUGCUAGACGACACAAUCACAUUACAAGGGGAGAAAAAAGCGGCAAACAAUAAAAAUGCCCUCAAAGGAUUCGAAAUCAUAGACAGGAUAAAGAACAAGCUCGAGUCCGAGUGCCCUGGAAUUGUGUCUUGUGCCGAUAUUCUAACAGUUGCUGCUAGAGAUGCAGUCAUUUUGGUUGGUGGGCCAUAUUGGCCUGUUCCUCUGGGGAGAAAAGACUCGAAAACUGCCCGCUAUGCGCUCGUCGAUACUAAUCUUCCCACAGCAGACGAAGAGCUUUUGUCCAUUAUAUCAAAGUUUAUUUAUCAAGGCCUCUCGGUCACUGAUAUGGUGGCGCUUUCCGGGGCUCACACGAUCGGCAUGGCCCGUUGCGUGAACUUCAGGAAAAGAGUAUACGAAGAUUUUGAGGCAACUUCAGGACUAAAUCCGAUCUCGAAUGAGUACCUCAAAAACUUGAAAUCGGUUUGUCCCCCUCUUAAAGGUUCGGACAACCAAGAGUCGGCCAUGGACUACUUAUCGCCGAAUUUUUUCGACAACUCGUAUUACCAAAUACUAUUAAGAGGGGAAGGACUUUUAAAUUCGGACCAGGAACUUUAUUCGAGCAUUUUAGCGAUCGAAACCAAAAGGCUGGUCGUAAAAUACGCCGAGAACCCAAUAGCUUUUUUCGAGCAGUUCUCUGAGUCCAUGGUGAGAUUGGGAAACAUUACAAACCCUGAUACUUAUGUUAAUGGAGAAGUCAGGAAAAACUGCAGGUUUGUGAAUACAUGA